CGAGGCGUCAACUGGACAUGUCGAAACCCACAAAACAUCACAAGCCCACGUCGAAGGUCUCCAGCGCGUCUUCGAGGGAAGGCCGCCAGUCCGCAGCGAAACAGAUGCAGGCGUCAAAAAAGCGGUCCAAGGCGCAGGCGCGGAUAUCCAGGGGCCAGGCUGCAGACGUCACUGCACAGAUAAACGGGGAGUUUGCGCAGGUGCAGAGUCUUCUUGGGAACGCUGAACAGCGACCGCAACAAACACAGAAGCCUGCGAAGCUACCUGAGAGUACUGUCCAGGAUCUCGCGGACGUUAUGAAUCUGAGCGGGCUGUAACUGACAACAGCGCACUCCGUUCCAUGACGCAUAUUGUAUACGCCAUUGCGCAUAGCUAUCUGCGGCAGAAACCCCUCCGUCACACCGCCGUGAUCUGCAGCGGUAACUCCCAGUCUGGCGCACAAUGCAUACCAUGUUCCAAAGGUACCUCGUUAUAGAUGUGCAUGCGAAACCCGCGGAACGUGGACAUCGAGACGACGCACUCAAAACAACCGUGUGUACCACUACCCCAACUGCACUAUGGCGGCGUAGACCGCGUCGCUCCGCGCUCACCGCUAGGAUCUCGUAGCUGCAAUCUACAUCUGUGGUCAAUAAUCACUCCUUCUGGC